AUGGAGGCUAGAAACGCUGCGGGUCGCCGCGUAUCAUUACUAAACGACGAGAGCAAUCCUGGCUAUGAAAAGGCUCAACUUUACCAUCAACAACAGCAUCACCACCUGGCCUUCCAACCGCCCACCAGCCAUGCUCUCAAUCGCCCAUAUCCCAGCCCACGCAGCAGCUCAUCAUCACCAAAUACGCCAGAACUUCUUCGAUCUGACUCCUACGACUCUCAAAUGAGCAAUGACCCCAUUUCUCCCUUGACUCCUUCAGUCGACUAUGCCUAUCCAAGAGCAUCCUUGUAUGGCGGUGACCUGCCUCCUAAGCGCCCCGCUUACAUCGACAGCAGCCGGUCAACAUCGUAUGAAGAUGACACUCCUGCUACUUCCGCACCACCUGCAGACCGCCCCGGCAAGCGUUAUCCUUGUCGGUACAGAGAUACUCACGGCUGCGAGAAGACCUUUACUACCUCUGGCCAUGCUUCUCGACACUCCAAGAUCCACACCGCUGAGAAGGCCGUUCAGUGUACUUAUCCCGGGUGCCAAAAGAAGUUUACGCGCGCCGAUAACAUGAAACAGCACCUAGAAACCCACUACAAGGACAAGAGCCGCUCCUCAGCCAGCCAGCGUGCGCAAAAGGCUGCUCUUGCUGAGGCUCGCCGCAACUCAUCUGCCGGCCGCAGCCGCUCCUCCACUUCAACAACCACAACCAGCAGUGUCGGAAGCCGUGAUGCCAUGCAUUGGGAGUCUGACGCUUAUGUCGCCUCCUCGCAACCCCUUGCCUCACCAAGCACCAGCUCAUGGGACAUGCGCACCCACAAUCUUACUCUUUUGAACCGCCCCGCGGCAGUUCGUUCACCAAGCAGUGGACUUGACGCACUAGCUAUGGCAGUUGCCUGCCAGGAAGGUGGCGGCAGACAAUAA